AAACUUUGUAGGUUUUCUGUGUUGAGCCAAGGCUCAAGUCCAUAAAAAUGUCUUUUCCUACCUACUCUUGCUCUUGGAAAUAUGGGCCAAAAUGAAGCAAAUUCCCUUGGCCUUUCGGCAUCACAAUAUCCAAAUCAUAACUGACUGCUAUUCGUCUUCUCCACCAUUAAUCACUCUCAAGCUCGUAUCAUAAACGUAAUGAAGCAAAAUCGGGAUCUUGUAAUUUAAUUAAUAAGCGCUUAUAUCCUUCUUUGGAUCUUGUCUCUGCUCAAACCAAACGAACUCACAACAUCUUUGGGUAUGCUUAAAUUUGCUCAAUUUGCUAGCCCUUUAGCUGAAUUUGUAUUACAAUGAGCAGAUUUUCAUUUGGGUCAAAUUCAAAUAGUCCUAAGUCCUUCAAUGCGUACCCUAGAGGUGAUUUUGACUUAGAAUUAGGGACUCUCAAAAGAACCCGGAAACCAAAAAUGAUCAAAUCUUUUUUUAAUCGCCUUCAAUACUUCAAGAAGUUGCAUCCACUCGUUGUACUAUGUAUUUCGUUGUCAAUUGCUGUUACUGUAUUGAUAAUUUUGACUGUGUAUGAGAGCCAUUUUCGGAUGAUGAGCACCUACCGAAAAUUUGAUGUUGGGGUUGAUAAGUAUCCGUUUCCAACCCUAAAGAAUCUUGUAAUGGUUGCUGGACAUUCAGUUUAUACAAGUAGUAGUUGUGGGAAGGUUGAUAAGGAGGAUUCUUGGUUUUUGGAGCCUUAUCAGAAGCAUCCUGGUCAGGCUGCUAGUUUUGUAACACAUAUUGAGGAGGGGGUCAAAUUAGUGGCCCAAGAUCAGGAUGCUAUACUUUUGUUUAGUGGUGGAGAGACUAGGAAAGAUGCUGGUCCUCGCAGUGAGGCACAGAGUUACUGGACUGUUGCUGAAUCAAAAGGAUGGUUCGACAAAGAAGAAAGUGUGAAAUGGAGAGCAAUGACCGAAGAGCAUGCGAGAGAUAGUUUUGAGAAUCUAUUAUUUAGCGUUUGUCGGUUUCGAGAACUUACAGGCACAUAUCCUCAUAACAUAACUGUUGUAAGUUAUGAUUUCAAAGAGGGCAGAUUUUCGCAUUUGCAUCGCACAGCCAUUGGCUUUCCAGAGUCGAGAUUCUUUUACAUUGGCACUCCAGCUUCAGCAGCUUCAACAACUUCAAGAGAGGCAGCCUUGAAAGGUGAGGCAUUGGUAAGGUCUCAAUUUGAAGUUGAUCCAUAUGGGUGUUCAGGUUCACUAAGACGAAAAAAAUUAGGCCGUGAUCCCUUUCAUCGGGCAAUACCUUACCCCAGAGGAUGUCCUGAAAUUGAAGGUUUGUUCAGAUACUGUGGGCCAGCUCCUUAUACAGGGUUUCUCCCUUGGGCUCAAUUAAAUUAACCACUGCUGCGUGUUACUUGUCAUGAUCUGAAUAUAACUAAACGAUCACACAAUAGAUCAAUCAGACAAUAGAUGCUUGAGCUGAUAAUGUUUCUUACAAACUUGUUUCUUAUCUCCAUUCAAAUCAUAGAAAGGUGAAUAGAUGAGAAUAUCAUUUGGCUGCAGAUUAGAUAAAAGUGUGUUGUCAUUACUAGUUGAGAGUUAAUAGUGACAUUGCUUGUUUGGGGUCCAGAAAUGAGAAAUCUGCUUCCCAGAACAUAUGCUGCAGUGAAUCUCUUGAUAUUGUAGUAUAUAAUUCUAAUAACGAAAAGGUGAAAUCAGUUUUUCAUAA